AUGAUAAUUAACUUUGUAGGGAAUACAUUAAUAAUAUUUAAUGAAGAUAUUCCGUGUGAUUUGUUAAGAAAGAAGUAUAAGGAGUUAUUUGUACCAACUAUAAGUGUAUUAGAUUUUAAAAAAAAAAGAUUAUACCGAAAAUACAACAACAUCUUUUUAUAUACUUAUAAGAAUUACUCUUUUUUGUGGGAAUUAGAAAAUAAUAUUCUUCAUAAGGUACAGAAAUGUUUAAAUAAAAAUGGUAUAUUAAAAUUAAUAAUUUAUUUAAAUAAAAAUGACGUUAUAACACCGGAUAAACAUGAAAAUAAAAAUAAUAACGACAUAAAAGUCAAUAUAGAUCAAAAAGAUUAUUGUGAAAAUUAUAUAAAUGACAUUUUUAAAAAUAUAAAAAAGGAAUGUUUAUAUAACGGAUUUAUAAAUAUAGUUAAUGAAACCUCAGUGGCGGAAAAUGGAAUUAUUUUAAAUAUUACGGCUGAAAAUCCGGAUUUUCUUUCUAAUGAAGACAAUGAUGUUAGUUCAGAUGAUGAAGAUUUAUAUAAUAAUGAAGAUGACAAAAAAAAGGUUGUAAAUAGAGUAUGUGAUAAUUGUACUUGUGGAAAAAAAGAGAAACUACUAAAUUCGGAAAAUAAAGUUUUAAUAAAUGAAAAAGAUGGAGAAUACAUUACAGAAAAUGUAGUAUCCUCAUGUGGAAAUUGUUAUUUGGGUGAUGCAUUCCGUUGUGCCUCUUGUCCUUAUAAAGGUCUUCCUGCUUUUCAACCUGGAGAGAAUGUUAAGCUCAAUUUGAAUAAUGAAUCUAAUUGA